UCCUCCUCCACCUUCAAAAAACCCACCUUAGAUAUUAUUCUAUGUUCCUAAUACUACCACCAAAAAUGCUCCCUUUUUUCCUCUCUCUCCUCUUCUGUCUCCUCUCUCUCGCCUCCCCAGCCUCCAUCUCCGUAACCCCUCAAACCCUCUCCAAAUCAAACGACCCCAUCACAAUCCGCUGGUCCCAAAUCACCUCCCCGUCGACCCUCGACUGGCUCGGCAUAUACUCCCCACCCAACUCCUCCCACGACGACUUCAUCGGCUACCUUUUCCUCUCCGCCUCGCCCACCUGGCGAUCCGGGUCGGGCUCCCUCACCAUCCCCUUGACGAACCUCCGAUCCGACUACCAGUUCCGGAUCUUCCGAUGGUCCGAUUCCGAAAUCAACCCGAAGCGCCAGGACCACGACCACAACCCCCUGCCCGGGACCAAGCACCUCCUGGCGGCGUCCGGGUCGAUCGGGUUCGAGCCGGGUCACGGGCCGGAGCAGGUGCACCUGGCGUACACGGGUUCGGGCGGUGAGAUGAGGGUCAUGUUUGUGACCCGGGAUGGGGAGGAGAGUUUUGUGAGGUAUGGGGAGAGAGAAGGUGGGUUGUCCGAUUGGAGGAGCGUAGGUACUGUGGUUGGGAGGUAUGAGAGAGAGGACAUGUGUGAUGCGCCGGCGAAUGAGAGCGUUGGGUGGAGAGAUCCUGGGUUUAUUCAUGAUGGGGUGAUGACUGGCUUGAAGAAAGGGAAGAGGUAUUAUUAUCAGGUCGGAAGUGAUUCAGGCGGUUGGAGCACCACUUACAGCUUUGUCUCAAAAAAUGACGACUCUGAUGAGACAAUAGCUUUCUUAUUUGGAGACAUGGGAACCGCUACACCCUACUCGACCUUCCUUCGUACACAAGAUGAAAGCAUAUCUACUCUGAAGUGGAUCAGCCGUGACAUUGAAGCCCUCGGUGACAAACCAGCCUUUAUUUCACACAUUGGAGAUAUCAGCUAUGCAAGAGGAUACUCAUGGUUGUGGGACAACUUUUUCGCUCAGAUUGAACCUCUCUCCUCCAAAGUCCCUUACCACGUCUGCAUUGGUAAUCACGAAUAUGAUUGGCCUCUGCAGCCUUGGAAGCCAGACUGGUCCUACGCUGUGUACGGAAAAGAUGGCGGUGGUGAAUGUGGUGUGCCCUACAGUCUCAAAUUCAAUAUGCCUGGAAACUCUUCCGAACUCACCCGGACUCGUGCCCCACCCACUCGGAACCUUUACUACUCAUUUGAUUUGGGUUCAGUGCAUUUCGUCUAUAUAUCAACAGAAACAAAUUUUUUGCCCGGCAGCAACCAAUAUGAUUUUAUAAAGCAUGAUUUGGAGUCGGUUGAUAGAAAAAAGACCCCCUUUGUGGUGGUCCAAGGGCACAGGCCAAUGUACACGACGAGCCAUGAAAACAGAGAUGCCCCCUUUAGGGAAAGAUUGCUGAAACACUUGGAACCUUUGUUUGUGAAGAAUAAGGUCACACUCGCAUUGUGGGGCCAUGUCCAUAGGUACGAGAGGUUUUGUCCUCUGAAUAAUUUCACUUGUGGGAGUAUGGGUUUGAAUGGAGAGAAAUGGGAAGCGUUUCCAGUUCAUGUAGUGAUUGGGAUGGCAGGUCAAGACUGGCAACCCAUAUGGGAACCCAGAGCAGACCACCCGGAUGACCCGAUUUUCCCACAGGCAAGCCGGUCUUUAUACCGAGGGGGUGAGUUUGGGUACACUAGGCUUGUUGCCAAUAAGGAGAAACUCACUUUUUCUUAUGUGGGGAAUCACGAUGGGGAGGUACAUGAUACGGUGGAGAUUUUGGCAUCGGGACAAGUUCUCAAUGGCAAUGAUGGUGGUUCUACGGCUGGGCAUAACAUGGUGCAAUCUUCGUUUUCAUGGUAUGUGAAGGGAGCAAGUGUUCUUGUGCUUGGGGCUUUCGUGGGGUAUGUUAUUGGGUACAUCUCGCAUGCCAGGAGAGAUGGUGUUUCUGGGAAGAGCUGGACUCCUGUGAAGAGUGAGGAAAUAUGAGCCCCUGGUUUUGCUCACAGCAUGUAGAAUUUUAUUGCACCAAAACCAUAUAAUACAUCAAUGGGUAAGGCCAUCCCUUUCCGAAAAAGAGGACAACCACUCCGGAGGCCUAAUCUAUAAUAGUACUUCAAUGGGUAGGUUAGUAUAUGCUUGGAAUGUCUACGGUCAUCUGCGCAUAAGCCGCUAGGUCUGUUCUGUGAAAAAUGCACUCACUAUGUCUGGAAACUUUCGAAAUUGAGCGGCUGCAAAGGUGGGAGUACUUCGCUACUUUGUAAUCGUAACUUACUGUAAGGCUGUGAACUCACAAAGUAUCUGUAAAUAUGCUUGUUUUUGCAGAAUAAGUGAACGUAUAGUCAUAGUGCUGAAGAAUGUAUUUGUCUGAGAUAUAUAUAUCAUCAUUUGCAUUUUGUCA